AAUUGAUCAAUUGACAAUUUUAGACCGACAUUCGUGGCAAAGAGAUUUGUUUACUUGUUUGUUUUCGCAAUAAAAAAUAAAUAAUAGUUUCUAAUACAUUGUUUAAAAUUCAAUUUAAAGUAAUGCAAGAUAACAACAAAAGUUUUGCAAACAUUGAAGGUGACAAAAGCUCGACGACUUUAUGUUUUGACAAAAAUGAUUUCAUGAAGGGAAAUUUUUCCGUCGAUGAAUUUUUGCAUAAAAAUCGAAAUGCACCAAGCUUGGAGCAGCUUCGGGAUGACUUGGGUAUAUAUUUGAAAGACUUAAGGUCCUCAAUGAUUGAUCUCAUUAAUGAAGACUAUGCUGACUUUGUAAGUUUGUCAGCGAACCUUGUUGGAUUAGAUCAAUCAAUCGAAGAUAUUGAAAAUCCUUUGGUUCAAUUUCGUAAAGAAGUCGAAAAUAUUCGUUCUCUGCUCAAAGAAUGUGCUUCAGAAGUGCGGCAAAAUUUGGAGAAGAAGCAACAGUUUCGUUUUCAAAAGCGAAAUUUGCAAUGUUAUCAGAAAGUGGAAGAAACCUUGCAUAAAAUUGAAAAUUUAUUAGCACAUCAAUUAAAAGAAGAUCUAAAACCAAUUGAUCUAGAACGUACAGCACUUGAAUUAAUACAACUACAAUUCAAUCAAAAAUUUUGUUGGGAUAUGUUAAAGGACGAACAGAAAAACAAUUCCGAAAGAUUACAAAAUGAAGUUUUCGCUAAAUUACGAAUAUUUUUUAAUAAUUCCCUAAAAAGUUCAACGAGCACAUGUUCGGAACUAUUGGAACGGUGCUUAAGGAUUUAUAUCACACUUGAUGCUUGUCAAAUAGCCGAGCAGGUAUUUCGUGAAGACAUCGUUGCACCUUAUAUGAACGCAACUAUUUCGGAACACUGUCUGCAAAAUUCUCCCCAAGGUCUGUCGGGAAUAUACGGAAAGAUUUUAAAUUUCAUAUCACUCCACAUGACCGAUUUGCUUCGCUUGACACAUUACACAGACAAACUAAGCGGUUUUAAUUUUUUGGUAAACAGCUUUUGGGUGGAUGUAGAAAUGCGUUUAGAAACACAUAUGUCAUCGAUCUUUGCCCCCGGUAAUUCCGAUGUAUUCUACAUGAAAUAUAAGUGUACACGAGAUUUUUUGUCAAAGAUUGAAGAACUUUUGGCAAAUGACGAAGCAGUAAAAAGCUUUAAGGAACAUAAACAAACAUUGAGUUUCCAAUCGCGAUGGAAUCUGCCAGUUUAUUUCCAAAUAUGUUUUCAGGAGAUAGCAGGAGAAUUUGAAACAGCACUGGUACCUUUGCUACAUGUGGAGAUGAUGAAUUGUAAAUCAAAAGCAAUAGAUUCUCGCUAUCAAUUGACCCCAUUUAAUAGUGCAUCUAAAGCUAUAGAACACUGUUGGAAAGAAGGUGUCUAUCUCUCUGAGAUUUUCCCAAAAUUUUAUAAACUAAGCGUCCAAAUUUUACUACGACUUUCUCGGUGGAUCUCCGAUGUUUUACAGCUCAUUACAAAUUUCAGCUCCAAAAACAAGAGCAACUCUGAGUCGUCUAUUCAAAUCAACAAAACAAAUGUACUAAUAGCAUUGCAUGCUGAUGUACAGGUGCUAAUUGAACAAUUGCCUGGAAUAGAACGACAUAUCGCUAUAAAUGUGCCCAAUGAGCUACAAAGUGAUGCAGACGUGUGUAAUGUUGUUGCGAAAUCGGUUGCCGACGUGCGGGGGACACUUAAGGGCCAUCUAGGUGCAGUUCAAGAUGCGCUAGUCGACAUAUUAACAUCUGAAAGUGGUAUAGAAAGUGUUCGUCAGGUUAAAGAUUUACCACGUUUGUAUCGAAAAACUAAUCGCGAUAUACCUACGAAGUCAUCUCCCUACAUUGAUCAGAUGCUGCGUUCUUUGAAAUCCUUUCAAAAUGAACAAAGUUCACAACUUGGAAAUGCUAUCGCCACCAAUGUUUUAUUGAAAGUUUGCUCAAAAAUAACUAGAGAUUAUUACGUUACAGUUCAGGAUGUGCUCACAUCAGUGCAGAAAACAGAGGAGUCGUUACGUCGUUUGCGCAACCUUAAAACCGGUGCUACAGCUGCUCUUACAACAGCGGCAACAACGAUGUCAGAUGAUGAUAAAAUUCGAUUACAACUUCACGUAGAUGUGAUUGCAUGGACAGGAGAAUUGGCCAAAAUGGGUCUAAUGCCUUCACAAGUGGAUGACUUGCUCGAAUUGAAUAACAUUGUCGAAGCGAGCACGAAAUUAAAGGAAACCAAAGAUAAUUAAUAAGAACAGCACAAACAAGUUGAAUUAUUUGAUAAAUACAAAUAUUACUAAGCAUACAAUAUUUGAUUGACAAUUUUUAUUUAUAUCUUAAAAAAUUUUCUAUUAAUUAUACAUACCUCCACUUGAAGUCAAUGAAAACAAGAUGUAUUUGUUAGCACUUAUAACUGUUUAGGCACUUUUUAAUAUUGUCAAUGUUUAUCAAUUAGGUGUUGUGGUGUGCAAUAACAGUAUGCUUUACUAUUUCUUUUAUGCUAUGUUGUAUAAUAAAAAAUCUGUAUUAUAUUUAAUAUUUUAAUUUAUAAAUAAAUGCAUCAUUAGUUGUUAUAUACUUUUGGUGUUGAGAUUUAUGGAAA